UAAUGUCUAAUAAUAUUGAUGACAAUGAUGAAACAAAACAAACAACAAUAUCAGCCAACAAAUCUAUCUAAAGAAGAGCUUGAGCAAAAAUCACCAAAAUCAUCAUUAGAAAAACAACAACAUCAUUAUCGUUAUAAAUGGCCAACACUUUUAUCUACUGAUAAUCCAUCAUUUGGUUGGUAUAUUGGAUCACAUUUCAUUAUACCAAUUGUUGGAUUAUUUAGUAAAUUUUGGAUGAAUAUUGUAAAUAAAAGUACUGUUUAUAAUGCAAAUGUUUUCAAUGAAACACUUAAUCGAAAUUAUUUGGCAUUAAUUUCUUCAUCAUCUCAAAAAUCCAAAUUACCACGACGACCAUUGAUAACAUAUUGUAAUCAUACUUCGUGUAUGGAUGAUCCAUUAAUUUGGGGAUCAUUAAUGCCAUUUAAUUGGCUUUUAAAUUCAAAUCGUUUACGUUGGACAUCGGCUGCAGCUGAAAUCUGUUUCAAUUCACCAAUUUAUACAACAUUUUUUGCUCUGGGUAAAACAUUUCCAAUGAUUCGUGGUGAUGGAAUAUAUCAACCAGCAAUGAAUUAUGCUUCAAAAUUAAUGCGCGAUGGUGAAUGGUUACAUUUUUUUCCCGAAGGAAAAGUUAUUCCACGACCAGAAAAUGCUGAUCCAAAAUUAUUGAAUUUUACUCUUGUUGAUGGUAAAUAUGAUCAAAGUCAACAACAACAACUAGUCAACAACGAUGAUAAAACAUCAUUAUCAGAUAAACAACAACAAUACUCAUUGAAAUGGGGUAUGGCACGUUUAAUUAUUGAACAUGUAUUAUCCGAAGGAAAAGAUCAAGAUGAUGAAUAUCAUCAGAUAAAACCUUUGGAAGAAUUUAGUAGCAUUUCUGAUCUGCCACCAUCAUCAUCGAAAUCGAAUCAAUCAGAUGAAACAUUACCUGAAGUUGAUGUACUGCCUAUGUAUCAUUUUGGUAUGGAUGAUGUUUUACCAACAAAAAAACCAUAUAUACCAAGAAUAUUUUGUCGUGUAACAUUUCUAGUCAGACCUGAAGGACCAAUUCGUAUUGAUAGAAAUUUUCUUAUGAAAUUAUUUUCACAAAAUGAUGAUGAUGAAAGUCAAUCAACGUCAACGUUAACAACAAAAUCAUCUUCAUUAACAACAUCACAAUCAUCAACAACAACGAUUGAACUUAGUUUAACUGAAAAACGAAUUCGUUUGAUGAAAUUUCUUGAAAAAGAAUUAAAUAUUUUAGCAGCUAAAACAAAAGCAUUACAUUUUAAUCCAAAAUCAAGUUGAUUUGAUUUUGGUAAAAAAGUUAGAUAAUUUUUUAAAUUUCGUAACACU